UCGAUUUAUACCAGAAGCAUAUGAGUCUGCGGCGUUUUGAAUAGCGCAUCGCAUAUCAUGGCAGAAGGAGAAGUCAAUGGAGAGCAGACUCUGGACGCAGGCCGCCUGCGCCAGGUUGCCCUCUCCAGCUCGACCAAGAAGCGCUCCACCGAGCUGCUCUCUCUGCACGACAAGAUUGUGAGCAAAGAAUAUCCUAUUGAUCAAAUACCCAAUGCUCUCAAUGUCCUCUUCGACACAUACCCUCUCUACGUCGACACCCAAUCACGACAGGCUGCUGAACAGUGCCUUGUCGCCAUCUUCUCUACCGCCGACACCGAACCCCAUGUGUCUACCUUCAUCUCCGCCGUCGAAACAGAAACAAAGAAGGGCAGCCUUGCUCCUGCAAACGCCUUUGUCUUGAUCCGCUGGUGCGCCCUCUUCCUCCAACAAUUCGCCCUCCAAAGACCCCUCUGGGAUACGUGGGGCCUCAAGAUCAUCCAUGCUUUGGUGCGCGCCACAUACACCUUUGAGAGCUCCAACCCUCGUCACAGUACCCAUCAGACUGUCUUGCGUGUUACUCGCCGUGCUUUCAGAAAGCUGUUCAGCUCAGACUUUGGCGAUGAAGCCUUGAACCAAUCUGUUUCCGCUCUCACCGUAAAGGCUGCUGCUCCCACUCCUCAGAAUGCCCUGGUCCUUGGAAUAAUUGCUGGAGUUAGCGCCCGUCUACCCAAGCGUGCCACCACCUUUGAGACCAAGAAAUCUGACUACAAUGCUUUCUUCCUUCGCGAAUUUAUCGGAUCACGUACUGUUCUUCCCCAAUUCAUUGCGAACGCCUUGGUCGACUACUUCAACUCGUUUGUGACCCUGGAGGAUCUGAAGAAGGACAUAAUACCCGCCAUCGAGAAGGCCCUGCUGAGAUCCCCUGAAAUUGUCUUGAACGACCUUGUCACUCCCAUGAUCAAUGCAUUGCCUAAGGACUUGGAUCUCUCAGAUAUUCUUGCCAACAACCUUUUGAAGCCCCUCGUCUCAAGCGCAAAAUCAAGCAAUGCUACCAUCCGCGCAGGUGCCCUACGAACCUUCUCUGCAACCGCCCGCCGAUCGCACGAUGACAAGCUUAUCGAGAAAGUCCUGGGCGAGAUUCUGACCCCUUUGAAGACUGGAAAGGUCCCUUCAGCCGAUCAGAAAAUCAUUUUUGCGCAGAUGCUCGCCGCAUUGAACAGCUCAGAAGCCUUGGCUGCCUCGAUACCUCAAGGUCUUGCCCCGGUCGCAGCAAAAGAGCCAAAUGAAGCAGCUGCAAGCGCAGAAAUCGCAGCACUUUCGAAACACUUGAAGUUUGGUCUCGAAAAGGGCGUUGCUGUAAACGCCGCAGUCACUGAUGCUUACGUCAAGGGAGUUGCCGAAAAACGACUCCCUUUCCGCAAGUUGUGGACUCUGAGCAUUGCCGAGAUUGUUUGGUCGCUCGAAGGAGAGGUUUUGAAACAGCCCGAAGUCGCAGGCCUUGUUGAUGCAGUUGUCGGCAAGAUGAUCGACUCUUUCAACGAGGUCGUGUCUAACCCUGUUGUUGCUACCCAGAAUGGCCAAGUCACAAUAGCAUGUGCUGUCACUGCUUUGUCAUUAGCAAAGGUUCCCCAACUUGCAGAGCUGAAGAAUGCAUCUGUGUUGAAGAAAGCUUCUAUACUGGAUCGUGCGAUUGCUCUCGAGCCCAAGCCUUCGUUCCUUCUCAACACACGUGUCUACACUAAACUUACCUCUCAUGAGGAUCUUGUGUGGCUGACAAGAGCGCUCGCUGCAACAAGCUCGGGCAUUGCUUCUUCUCAACCAGAAAUCCAAGAUGCCUGGGCACAGACAUUCAUUUAUCUCAUCGUGGCUUCCGGUUUGCCAGCCACUGCUCGCUCCGAGACCAUUGCUUCGCUGCGCACAGCUUACCUCGCCCAGCCCGAGGCAGUAGGAAAGACCGUCACCGAUGCUUUGUCCCACUGGGCCGCCGAUGUCGAGCUUGAAACCAAGGAGAGCGCUGCUGUGCUUGCUAAGACUGGCCGUCAAGAGCUUUACAAAGUUGUGCGUUGCAUAUGCCUUACCAAGGAAGAAGUUGCGGCCGGUCAAGCCACUAUCGAACAGGCUGUUCUGGACCACCAAUUGGUCAACUUGCUGAUACUGUGCCGACCCGAAUUGACUCCCAGAUCUUCUUGGAUCGAGACUUGUCUGAAGACUGGUACUGAUCCCGGUGAGCUCGUUAAGAGAAACACUUCAAAAUGUAUGGACCAGAUCAUUCGUGUUUCCGAAGACAAGCUACUUGCCACUAUCCCUGCAUUCCAGCUUGCUGCUUUCCAAGCAACCGCAGACUUGGCCUUCGUGGCGCCGGAAGACCUGACGUCUGUUAUCUUGGACCAGAUUUGUAGCGAUCUGGACCCCAAGCUUCUUCAGGACGUUGGCCCUACUGAGGCCGCAAUCUUCCGCACACCGGAAGGCACCGCUUUCAUUGAUGUCCUUGCGAAGCAAACUCAAGCACAAGCUCCUAGCAAGAACAGCAAAGACUACGACACUUACAAGUGGGAGCAAGAGCUCAGAGAUUCACUCGCCCAAAAGAAGGGCACUACCAAGAAGCUCACUGCCGACGAGCAAACCAAGGUGAACGCUCAACUUGCAAAGGAAGCCGAGAUUCGUAGCCACGUGACGUCUGUAGUAGCAAAGCUGAGGAGAGGUAUUGGCAUGGUCACAGGUCUUGUUACUGGACCACCAACAGAGGCAGCUAACUGGUUCACUGUCACCACAGCACGCUUGUUCGAGGUGAUCAAUGCCGGAGCAGGCCUCGUCUUAGGCGAUGCUGCUGUUCUUGCCUACCUCGAGUGCGCACAAAAGACGUCUUCCCGCCUGGGCGCCAUGCGCUCGUUCGUUGGUGUCGCAGCACUGAGGGCUGCUGGACUGACCACUCUGCCCGAGUCUAUGCAAGAGGAACCUCUUGGUGACUUGAUCACCCGCGUACUCUACCGUCUUCGCUUCUUGGGCGAACAAAGACCUCUUGACGCCGUCACACUGAGUUACUGUCUUCCUCUUGCUUUCUUGGUCUUAGAACAAGGAGGUGUUGGCAAAUCCGAAGAGGAAGAGGCCCAGGAGCAGAUCAUUCUUGCCGCUGAGUUCCUCAGCUUUCACGCCGACACCUGCAGUGAGCCUCGCUUGGCCAGAAAGGAGGUUCUCUCCGUCUUGGUCUCAUCGCUACAGGCUUACCAGCAACAUUUCCGUCUCUUCAAGGAUUGCUUCACUGAUGUCUGCAGAAGUGUUGCGCCCAACGCUACCGAAGCAGAGACCGAUGUGGUGGUCAAAGCCACUAUCGUGCCUGAAUCUUCUGUACGAGAAGUGGCUCUUCAGGCUAUCAGUGCCGAGUUCGAGCUCUCUGGAAAAGACUUCUAUGACGAGAUUUUCCUCGCCACGCAUGAUGAUGUUCAGGAGAACGUCGAACUCGCACACGAAAUUUGGGUCGAGAACGAACUCAAGACCUCGCCGGAAUCCGCAACCUCUAUUCUGAAGUACCUAGCUUCGCACGACAUCCAGCUCCGCCGUGCCGCGGCAAGAUCAUUGGCAGCACUUGUCCAAGAGCAUUCGAGCAUCUCAGAGACUGUUAUCUCUAACCUGCAGGACACAUACAAGGAGGACGCAAAGCCCAGAGCUCCUCAGCGCGACAAGUACGGCAUGCCUAUUAAGAUGGACUUGUCCGACCCUUGGCAAUCCAGACAGGGUAUCGCCCUGGCCUUCAACCAACUCACCCCCACUUAUGGCAGCGAACAACUCGUACCCCUCAUGCAGUUCAUGGUUGCAGAAGGUCCUUUGGGAGAUAAGAGCGCGUCUGUUCGCGACUCUAUGCUUGACGCUACAACUGCUAUCAUCGCUGCUAAGGGUAACCUGCAAGUAGAGACUCUCAUGAAGCUCUUCGAAAGUACACUCGAGGGAGGCUCUGGAUCGCAGACUCAAGACGCGGUCAACGAAGCCGUUGUUAUCCUGUAUGGUGCUCUUGCCCGUCACUUGAAGGCUGGCGACAGCAGAGUACCCAAGGUUGUACAACGUCUUCUCACAACCCUUAACACCCCUUCGGAAUCCGUUCAGUAUGCUGUGGCUCAAUGCUUGCCUCCAUUGGUUCAGGCUUCCAACAAGGAAGCUGGGCAAUACGUGCAGCAGAUGAUGGACACAGUGCUUACUGCCAAGAAGUACGCCGCCAAAAGAGGUGCCGCGUACGGUCUGGCUGGUAUUGUCAAGGGAAGAGGCGUUUCCGCUCUUCGUGAGUUCCGUAUCAUGUCAAACUUGGUCAGCGCCAUCGAGGACAAGAAGGAUCCGUACAAACGCCAGGGUGCAUUCCUCGCAUACGAGCUCAUGUCUCUCAUCCUGGGCCGCGUUUUCGAGCCCUAUGUCAUCCAAGUCGUGCCGCAGCUAUUGUCAGGCUUUGGUGAUGCUAUUGUCGAUGUUCGCGAGGCCUGUCUCGAUGCCGCAAAGACUUGCUUCGCCAGUCUGAGCUCGUAUGGUGUCAAGCAAGUCCUUCCCACUUUGCUCGAGGGCCUCGACGAACAGCAAUGGAGAAGUAAGAAGGGUGCUUGUGACUCCCUCGGUGCUAUGGCAUACUUGGACCCUGAGCAGCUGGCCGUCAGCUUGCCCGAGAUCAUCCCGCCGUUGACGGAUGUCUUGAACGACAGUCACAAGGAGGUCAGAGCAUCUGCCAAUCGCAGUUUGCAACGCUUCGGUGAUGUUAUCAGCAACCCUGAGAUCAAGAGUCAAGUCGACAUCAUCCUGAAGGCUUUGAGUGACCCCACCAAGUACACUGACGACGCCCUGGAUGCUUUGAUCAAGGUCAACUUCAUUCAUUACCUCGACGCUCCGUCAUUGGCGCUGGUCGUUCGUGUCUUGGAACGUGGUCUGGGUGACCGUUCAGCAACAAAGAAGAAGGCUUCUCAAAUUAUUGGUAGCUUGGCACAUCUUACUGAACGCAAGGAUCUUAUCACCCAUCUUCCCAUCUUGGUUGCUGGUCUGAGAGUUGCCAUCGUCGAUCCUGUCCCCACUACUCGUGCUACCGCUUCCAAGGCUCUUGGUUCAACAAUCGAGAAGCUUGGCGAGGAUGCUAUGCCAGACCUCAUCCCCAGUCUCAUGGCUACUCUCAAGUCAGACACUGGUGCUGGUGACAGACUUGGUUCCGCACAAGCUCUUAGUGAAGUUCUUGCUGGUCUCGGUACCAGUCGUCUCGAAGAGACGCUACCCACCAUCCUGCAAAACAUCUCGAGUUCCAAGCCUGCAGUCCGCGAGGGCUUCAUGUCAUUGUUCAUCUAUCUGCCUGCUUGUUUCGGUAACAGUUUCUCGAACUACUUGUCUAAGAUCAUCCCCCCGAUCUUGUCCGGUCUCGCUGACGACAUUGAUACUAUUCGCGAGACUGCUCUGCGUGCUGGUAGAUUGUUGGUCAAGAACUUCGCCACACGUGCAAUUGAUCUCCUGCUUCCCGAGCUCGAACGUGGUCUGGCUGAUGACAGUUACCGCAUUCGUCUCAGUUCCGUUGAGCUGGUUGGUGACCUGCUCUUCAACCUCUCCGGUAUUAGUGGAACCGCAGAGCAAGAAGAGGCCGAGGAAGGUGCCAACGAAGCAGGCCAAUCGCUUCUCGAGGUACUUGGAGAGGAGAAGCGCAACAAGGUUCUCUCUGCCUUGUACAUCUGUCGCUGCGAUACCUCUGGACUUGUUCGAACUGCAUCUAUCAACGUCUGGAAGGCAUUGGUCGCUUCCCCCCGCACCCUUCGCGAGCUCAUCCCUACCCUCACUCAACUCCUCAUUCACCGUCUUGCAAGCUCCAACAUGGAACAGAAGGAGAUUGCUGGCAACGCUUUGGGCGAGCUUAUCAGAAAGGCUGGAGAGGGUGUCCUCUCGACUCUGCUGCCUACUCUCGAGCAAGGUUUGCAGACAACCGAUGUGGAUGCCAAGCAGGGUAUCUGUAUCGCUUUGCGCGAGUUGAUCGCGUCUGCUUCUCCCGACUCCCUCGAGGAUCACGAGAAGACUCUCGUCUCUGUCGUCCGCAUUGCGUUGGUCGAUGGUGACGAGGACGUCAGAGAGGCAGCUGCGGAGGCGUUCGACUCUUUGCAAAAGGUCCUUGGCAAACGUGCUAUCGACCAGGUCCUUCCUUACCUUCUCAACCUGCUCAGAUCCGACGAGGAUGCAGACAAUGCUCUUUCCGCUCUGCUCACCUUGCUCACCGAGCAGACAAGAUCGAACGUUAUCCUGCCAAACCUCUUGCCUACCCUUCUCACUCCUCCCAUCACUGCAUUCAACGCCAAGGCUCUGGCUUCUCUUGCCCAGGUUGCAAGCUCUGCCAUGACAAGAAGACUGCCGAAUAUCCUCAACGCACUUAUGGACAGUGUUCUCGGCACCAAGGACGAAGAGCUCCGCGCCGAUCUCGAGAACUCUUUCGACGCAGUGCUUUUGUCUAUCGACGAAUUCGAUGGUCUUAACACUGCCAUGAGCGCCAUGCUCGCCCUGACCAAGCAUGAGGAUCACCACAGAAGAGCACGUGCGGACAUGCAUCUCGCCAAAUUCUUCAAGACAACCGACCUUGACAUCUCACGCUACUACCCUGACCUCAUCCGCACACUACUCAUCAGCUUCGAUGACAGCGACGCUGAGGUUGUUAAGGCUGCAUGGACUGCUCUUUCUGCACUGACUGGACGCCUGCGCAAGGAAGAGAUGGAGUCGUUGGUCUUCUCUACCAGACAAACGCUCAACCAAGUUGGUGUUGCAGGCCACAGUCUGCCUGGUUUCUCAUUGCCCAAGGGUAUCAAUGCUAUCCUGCCUAUCUUCCUGCAAGGUUUGAUGAAUGGGUCUGCCGAGCAACGUACAGCAGCAGCUUUGGCAAUUUCCGACAUCAUCGACCGUACCAGUGCCGAUGCUCUCAAGCCUUUCGUCACCCAGAUCACUGGUCCUCUGAUUCGUGUUGUGUCUGAGCGUUCAGUCGAAGUCAAGGCUGCUAUCUUGUUCACUCUCAACAACCUGCUCGAGAAGAUUCCUGCUUUUUUGAAGCCCUUCUUGCCUCAGCUGCAGCGUACCUUUGCGAAGUCACUUGCCGAUACCUCGAGCGAGAUUCUUCGUAUCAGAGCCGCAAAGGCUCUCGGUACACUUAUCACCCUCACUCCUCGUAUCGAUCCCCUUAUCGCCGAGCUAAUCACUGGUUCGAAGACUGCCGACGCUGGCGUGAGGAAUGCUAUGUUGAAGGCCUUGUACGACGUUGUUGUCAAAUGCGGCUCUAGCAUGAACGAGGCUUCACGAACUGGUAUCCUGAGUCUGAUUGACUCUGACACUGGUGAUUCCGAUGAGGCAUCUGCCAUUACCAACGCACGUCUGUUGGGUGCCUUGAUCAAGGUCCUUCCUGAAGACGUCGGUGGCGGACUCGUCAAGGCACGUGUGCUCACUCCCGACCACACCUACUCUUCAGUUCUUGCCCUCAACUCGAUCUUGGCCGAGGCCCCUGGAUCACUGACCGGGCCCUUCGCUGACGUUCUGCCUUCCACCAUCUGUCAAGGCAUUAGCAGCAGCCAGCCAGCGAUUGCAGACAACUGUGUUCUUGCAAGCGGAAAGUACUUGCUCACACCCACAUCCGACACGUCCUUCGAGCCUGUCAAGCAGAUCAUGGAGGCUCUCGCCGCCGCUGUCGCACCCGGCAAGCCCGUCGACACCCGUCGUCUAGCAUUGGUCGUGCUGCGCACUGUUUCACGCGAACAGAACGACCUUAUCCGUCCUCACCUUGCUUUGCUCACGCCUGCCGUCUUCGGUAGCGUUCGUGACAUGGUCAUUCCCGUCAAGCUCGCUGCCGAAGCUGCCUUCCUGGCAAUGUUCAGCGUCGUCGAGGAAGAAGACGCUAUCUUUGCUAAGUACAUGGCUGGACCUGGCGCCGAACUCGCUCCUGGCCCCAAGAGAAGUAUCCAAGACUACUUCAAGCGUAUUGCUACAAGAUUGGGCGCGCAAGCCAGAGAGCGCAGAGAAGCCGAGGGUGGCCAGGGUGGUUUGGGCUUGUCAAGCGACGAGCAAGAGGAUAUGAAGGAGGUCUGGAGUGUUGGAAAGGUUGACGUUGAGAGCGGUGCUUUCAAGGAUGAGUAA